UUAGUUGUAAAUAAGUUAUACAAACUAUUUUAAAUCCUAAUUUAGCCGGUUAUGUAAAUAAAAACUUAUUCUAUUUGAGUCAAAUGUCAAGAUGACUUCGGAGACAGAAGCUAUUAAAACAAAUGAAUUUCUACGAAGACGAAAGCUGAGACUUCAACAGGUUCGAGAGCAGUCGAAAGACAUCGCUAAGAAAAUAAGACAGCGCGCCAAGGUUGAAAAGUUACGACAAGUUGUAGAUCUAGACGCAACGAAACAAAAGGAAUAUUUCGAAUGUCAAGAUAAACUUAUUAAGCAUUUGGAAGUAUUGUACGCCCGCGGCGUAAACAAUGUUGGCGCGGGUCAUCAAAGUGCAUCCGAACUAACACAGAAAGGUGAGGAUGCAAAUAACAAGUCAGACUUAUCAAAGUUGCGUGGUAAAGAAGCUGCAGCUGCAUUAAGAAAACAAAAGCAAGACAAACUAGAUGAACGGAAGAAAGUUCUAGAUAGAAAACUACAGGCUAGGGAAACUGCUAAUGAAAUUAGUAGAGACAAGUCAACUGCAGUUGCUCAAAAAUUGUUAUCUAAAUCCACAAACACCAACAAAGUAUCUGAUGAUGCUCCCACAGUAGCAAGUUCUACUGAGCUUGUAAACACAAAGGAACCUUCUAAAGAUGCGGAAAAACUUAAUACCGAAGCAGAAUCUGUAAAGACAAGUGACAUGGCCACACAGUGGGACCAAGAAGCAAUACCUCCAGAGUGGGAACCAGCUGUACCGGCACUCUCAUUACCAACUGACAAAGACUCCUCACCACGAGAAGAAGAAAAUGCAACCAGUAAAACUGAUAAGAAAAGAUUAGACUUGUUUGCCCUUAGCAAGGAAAUGCCGUCAAGUUUGCGUGGCAAGCAUACACAUGAGGCUAGACCGAGGGAGACGAACAGACCAUCUCUCACAUUAGUAUCUGAAUACCUGCAGAGCAGGAAACUACGCCUUCGAGAAAAUGACACAGUUAUCACUAACAAAAAACCUGUAGAUGACAUUCAAAGUUUAAAACAAACAAUUCUACAUACAAGGAGCACAAAAGCUGAAGGUAGUAAUUUCAAUGUAUGUCAUGUGCUUGAUGAGCAAGUUAUUCCAGUGCCCUCUUGGAGGGCUGAGGUCGCCUGCGAGUUCUGUUCCCACAGUGUUAACUACCACGCAACUCCUAUACAUAGUAGACAAAUCCAAAAUGUUACUAAUUCUCAAAUUAACCAGAUCUUUAGUUCCAUAAGACCUGUUUCGCGGCAACCUCCACUACUGCCAAGUCCUGUUCUGAGAGGAACAAGCCCAUUUAGGAGGAGUAAAGUUUCUCAAAAAAGUAUUCCAGGAAAAGCAACAUCCUCAUCUGAGAAACCUAAGACCAGCCAAGAUACUGUACUCAAUAGGAAGAACUCUGUUAUGAUGUACAACCACUCGACUAGGGACACAAGGGACUUGCCUUGUGGGGAUAAUAAAUUAGUAGUCAGAGACAAGCAGUCUGAGGAAGAUGCUUACUCCCAGGCUAUGAAGGAGGUCUCUGCUGUGCAUAACAAAGACAAAGACCACCAGAAGAAAGUGCAGGACAUGAGGAAUAAGGUGGCUGUGACUAAGCAGAAUGUUGAGAAGGAGUAUAAGGACACCAUGAAUUUCCUCAGCUCAUUGCCUAAAGAGAAAAACAGUAAAGUCAUUAAAACUGCAUACAUGGAUGAUCGCAGGCAGCAAAUGCAACAGGAAAACCGCCAGCAGAAAAUGCAGCAAGAAUAUAAGAAAAUAGAAAAAGAAUGCAAAAAGCACCAAUGCAUGAACAAAAGCCGCAGUAAGUCCAAAUCUCCGGCUAGACAAUACCGCGAAGACAAUUUUGACACCAGAGACUUUCAGUACUCGUGGAUGCCUGUUCCCGAAAGCGACAGCAACCUCGCCAUCCACGCCAUACCCAACACGGUGAAGCAGGGCAGGUCUGGGAACAGCGUCAAGUUCAGUGCGGUCGACAGCUACCACGAGUACAGGUCGCGGCAUAAACACACCCCGCCCACCAAGGACACGCAAGACAAACAAUCUAAGAAAGUCGUUGAAACCGUCAUCAUUGAUAAGGACGCCAGUGAGUCCUCUGACAGCUCGUCCAUGUCUACUUUAGAUACAAGCUCCGUCCAAAACCUGAUACUGGAUGAAGAGCUCAAAAAUAAAAACGUGAAAGAAAUCAACAACAGCCUGUCUGAUGCCGAAAGAAUUAUAAUAUACAAAGUAUUGGAUUCGCGAACUGACAAGAAAUCUAAGAGACAAACGAAACUCCUGAAUGAGAUCGCUAAAUCAUUGAGUUGUAUAGAGCAAGGUCAAAAGUCAGCCAGUGAACACAAUUCGGAUUUGUCUAAGCAACAUCAUUCUAGAACUACUAAAUCGUCGAGCAAGAGUGCCGACAAUGGGAUCUCAUUUGAACAACUUAAUGAAGGUGUUUACAAAAUGGUGGAGGAGCAAGGGGCGACGUACAACAUGAUGAGUUGUUGCACUACUAACGUUGAGUUGUGGCACGCGAACGCACCUCGCAAACCUUGGUGGGAUAACGUUACCUCGAUGUAUUUCUCAGAACAUGAGAAGCCAACAGACGGUCAGUCUUCAAUUGACAAGCCGCAGUCGUGUGAUUGUCAACUUAAUAGGGGAUCACAAAGUGAUAAAAAUACUUUGCUUCAUUGGGAAAGUGGCGACUGUGUUCAACCUCCAAGGACAUUUGAAGUAUGUCAGUGCGGCAGUGCUGAUAAAGACAAAACUAAGAAGUCGCCUCCGAAGCAUACUUCACCUGUUGCUUCAACAUCAUCGUUUAUUACGGCUUCGAAUGCUAAAGGUAGCUCUACAGAACAAGGUGGGUACAUUAAGUUGCUUGACGAAACCGGCAAGGAAGCAGGAAAAUUCUUCAUUGGUGCUGCUGGGUUUCUUAAAAAUAACGCGUACGAAGUAGUAAUACAACUGCGAAAAAAGGAUGGUGUGAAAGAAGAUAAACCUGGUAACGAAAAGGAUGAAAUGGUACAGAACAAUCUGUCUGAAGAAGUUAUGAGUGGUAAAAAUGGCGGCAAAGGCCCACACAAGACUUCAGAAACAGAUACAACUUAUACAAAUAAUAUGCAACCACCUCCCGAAGAAUUGCGCGAAGUUUUAGAAUUCAGAAGUGUUGAAGAUAAAGAUUCUAAAAUGAUAGUACCUGAAGAAAUACAACACAAUCCAGGCAAGAGUAUCGUGUCAGAACAAGUGAUGACAGAUAAGAUUAAUCAUAGCAAACCGAAUACUGAAUCUAGUGAAGAGAUAUGUCUAAUACAGUCCACUACCGAAACAAAACAUAAACGUGAUCAAAAUGUGCAUACGGGAUACAACCAUGGCUCAAAACCUAACACGCCGCCCAGACCCGCAACUACUACGUACACACAAACUACUUUAAGUUCUCCUGCCCAUAGACCAGUCUUUUUCCAUAUGAGUUCUUCAACUUCUACUGCCUACAUGAGCCCGCCAGAAAUGAUAUUACCCAAGUAUUUUAAACGUAAAUUUGGUAUACCUGAAGAUGAAUUGUAUGAUAUUCUAUAUGACCCAGUAGAAACUAUAGAAAUGACUGAAAAAGAAUAUAGCGAAGAGUACACUGGUUGCACUUGUACGAAGUGCUUGCACGCGCGGAAAGUUACGCUGAAACAAAACGCGCAGGCACGAUUUCGAAAGAAUAGGGCUGAUUAUAAGAAAAUGAGAACUCCACCAAAUACAGCAAGGACUCCUCCCAGUGAUAUUCAUCAUGAUAUUCAAGAACUUUUUCCGAAAAAGGUAUCCACUCCUUGUAAAAAUGCACGUUCACCUGAUAAAGCAAAAUGUAAAUAUAGUAACGGCAAUGGUGAACCGUUAAGGAAACCCUGCCGCAGAAACAAAAAGCCUUCUGUUGAAAAUAUCCCUACGUCCCGAAACAUAAAUAACGUUCACGUUGGUCUAAAUCUCAAACCAAAAAAUAAAGUUAAAACAUCUAGUUCAAGUCAUGACAAACUGAGUAAAUCCAAAUUAAAUCCAAUCAUCAAAGAUUAUAUAAAUAAAUUGUUAGCCCUAAAUAAACAAGGGCUUAAGGCAGUGGAAGUAGCCGACCAAGAAUGCAGUUCAGUGUGCACUCCAGGCAGCUCAAUCAUUAAUGUGCCGAAUAAUGUUGAUGAGAAAAAAUCCCUAGCGAAUACUAUUUCCUUAGAACAGAUUAAAAAUGUAUUAAAACAACAGAUCAUAGAAAAGCAUAUUGCUAACAUGAGUCCUAAAAAGAACCAAGUUAUAAAUAAAAGUAGCAGCAAAAAUUUAAAGAACUCUUCAUUACGGUUGUCUCGUAAAAAGCCCAUUCAUAAAGUGAAAUCUUUAAAUAUUUCAAAGCAUUUGUUAAAGAAAAAUCUUUUGGGCGACGUCACAUCGACACACCCAGUAUCUCCAUCAUCUACCGAUGAUAACUAUAAACCAAUCGACCGACCUAAUUUGAAGCUUCGAUCAGCACGUAGCAAAAGUUCACCUACGCCAAGGCAGGCAUACACUCCCGAUCCAUUUCCUAAAUUCAUGAAUACCGAAUCUACUACUAAAAAUUCUACCAUCAGUCAAAAAACUGAAGAGUAUGUUAACUUAAAGAAUAACAGAUCUGUCAUGACUGAAAAAGGCAUCACACCUCUAGAAACAAAUGAAUCGAAACCUAAAUGCGCCGGGUCUUCCAAGGCUAAUAUUCGUGUUUCGUCGCCAUCGCCUGAUACCGAGACAACCGAGGACUUUCAUAGUUACAAGCGAAGCUCUGAGAUUCCUGUGAGUAUGUCGACUCAGACAAACCAGAAUACUGAUUCAGACACUAAAUUUAUAAAAUUGGCAGAAGAUAAAUUACAUAACAUGGAAAAAAUAGCAGACCUGACAGAAAAGUGCACCAAAAGACUGUCAAACCUCGCUAGAGUUUUAGAGGAAGUCCGUAAGAACAAGUCGCUGGCUUAUAGUCAAUUAUCAUCUGCGGACUCAACGGAUACACAAUCAGAGCACAAAUCGGACCGAGUUACAUUUGACCUAAACAAUGUUCCUCAGCGAUUAGAAAUAAAAACCCCGGAACCGAUUUCGGAUACCUAUCAAAGUAAUCCGAAAGAGAAAAUGCAGUCACAAUUCAUGUCCAUUCCAACUGAUAUUCCUAAACCGUUAUUUAAAGUUCCGAUGGAUCAGGAACCGCGACUGACUUCGGAUGAAAAACUAGAUUUGCCUUUACAGUUGAAUGUGGAUACAGCGGAACUCACCAUUAAAACUAGACCGAAGCCGCCAACAGCUUUAUCCAGAAUUAGCUUAAAACAUGGCCAGGAAUACAUUGUUCCACAUGAACUAUCGACCGUCAUAGAAGUGGAUUCCCCUAUGAGUAUGAAACAUAAAAAUCAAACAUCUGCAAAUGCGAAAGACGUCACAAACCAUUCCAACAAGUCAUCUCCAGUAGACAAGCUAUCGACAAAUGACAGAAACAGUGACAAUGUUAAAGAGCCUGGUAUUAACCCUGAUAUUUUAGAAAGCAAUACCAACUUUUCUGCUAAAUUUAAAUUUUCAUCUACGGAGUCUUCCGACGAUUCUAAGUUUCAAAUGAUAGACUUAAAACAGUUCAAUGAAAUAAUGCUAGAACCGUUUAUAAGUAUUCAGGAAUAUGCAAAGCAAUACAAUAUGGAACCACCAGAUGAGGGAUCCAACCUGGAGCAGAGAGAAGACGUUAUCAAUGACGACAUGAGUUCUUUACAUUCAGAUGGUAGCCUGCCAGAUGUAAUAGCAGAGUUACUAAAACGAAAUAUUAUCACAGAACCCUUUAAGUUUGACACUGCAUCCAAUAUAAACUCCACUACUAUCUCAUCUGAGUCCACCUUAUCUAUGUUAGCUUUAUCAAAAGCACGCAAAGAUAGAAAGAGAUCAAGUAUAAUUUAUCAGAACAAAGAAAGUAUUGCCGAAACUUCAGAUACUUUAAGCAUUUCUUCAAACCCUGAUUUAGAGAAUGCUUUUAAAAAGCUUGGCAUGGGCUGGGCGUCUUCUACUCUGAAAAAGACAAAAGAACGUUUGGCGUUAUCCUCAUCUUCCAACACAUCUAGUUCAAGCAUACCACAUUUUAAAAUGAAGAGCUUCAACCAGGAUAUACCAGCCCUUGUUACAGAUUCUGUAUCGUCUGCGUUAAAUUCAUCGAAAAAGGUACAACAAAGUCAAAUUGACACUCCAAAAAACGCAGAACAACAGACAAGUCUAUCUAACUCGAUGACUGUCAAAGAGUUUCUGCGAAAUGAAUUAUCUAAGAAAAUAACUUUUAACAAUAAGACCACUAGAAAUGAUACAGAAGAAGAAUUCGUUUCUUUGUUUGAGACUAGAAUGCCUGAAGAUUUAAAGAACUCUCAAAUGAAUCGCGACGAUCGUUCUGUAGACAGCGCGCCGAGCGGCACCAACCGGGCGCGGACCUCCACUCCCGUUCAGAUAUUUAAAUCUAUGACAUACCACUCCAGCUCCAGCUCCAACGUGUCCAACUGCUUAUUUAGUAACGCUGAUGACUUGUCGUCAGUUAAAAUGACAUCGAAUUCCAUAAGAAACCAUUCCACCUCUGAUAAGGAUGACUUGACCAUUCCCAACUUUAGUCUUAAGUUGAAAAAGACUUCAGACUGUAGUAAGAGUGAUUAAUAGUAAUAUAAAUUGUUGUUUUGUAAUAUACCUAUUUAUUUAUGUGUAAAAUACUAAGUUAGAAUUCGAAAAAUAUUUAUGUAUGUAUUAAUGUAAUGUUUGGUCGGACCUUUUUUUGUGUAUAAUGAAUAAAUCAAUUUGAGUUA